GUCUGGUUCGUAUUGUUUGUAAUUUAAAAUGUAUCAAAUUAGUUAACAGUACACUAGUCAGUAGUUACAUACUGAUAAAAUGUUUUCUGGUGUUAAUCUGGAUCACGAAUUUAUUAGGAUUUAAGACACUUAAUUAAGUAUAUCUAAAUUCGUGAUUUGGAAAUGAAAUACUCGUUCGUCGCUCAGUUAAAUUAGAUUUUAAUUUUUCAAGUGUGUGUUAAUGUUAAUUAUAAUUAUGUUUGUGUUAUAAGAAAUCAAAUUAAUUUUUUUUUAUUAAAAUCGUAAUCCAAUUACUUUUCAGUCUUCAGGGUUCUUUGAACUAUAAUAGUAUGGAGCUUUUUGCGUCAUAUGACACUAUUUAUCCUGCAGAUACUGUAGAAUGGUGUCCAAUAGCAGAAUACAGCAAUGUAUUUGUAUGUGGAACUUAUAAGCUUGACGAGGCAUCCAAAACAAAAACUGGCACUAUCAAUUUAUUCUCUUUAGACAGUCUAAACAAGAUCAAAUUGGUCCAGAGUGUUCCCGAAGAUGCUGUGUUGGAUUUAAAGUGGAAUUCUUUUAUUGCUUCUGGAAAAAUAUUACUAGCAGCUGCAUUGUCUGGCAAGCAUGUUAGCAUAUAUCGCUUGGAUGAAAAUGGAACUGAUUUGUCUUUAAGUUUGUUCACUAGUUUUGAUCUUCCAAAAACUGACGGUGAAUCUCAUAUGAGUUUAUCAAUUGCUUGGUCACGUCCUAAUGAAAAUGGAUCACAAAGUAUUGCAUUUAGCGACUCAUGUGGUUACAUUACUUUAGUAAAUUUAAACGAUGAACUCAUACGAAGUUUCAAAGCUCAUGGUUUUGAAUCAUGGAUAGUAACUUAUAAUUAUUGGGAACCAAACAUUUUAUACACUGGUGGUGACGAUUGUAAAUUUAAGUGUUAUGACCAACGUUUACAAUUUGAGAAACCUGUAUUUGAAAAUAAAGAGCAUGAACAAGGAGUAACAACUUGCUCAUCCAAUAAAAUUCGAGAAAAUAUAAUUGUCACAGGAAGUUAUGAUGAAAAUAUACGGCUAUGGGAUAUACGUAAUAUGAAGCAUAGUUAUAAUAGUGUGAAAGUUGAUGGUGGAGUUUGGAGAUUGAAAUGGGAACCUAAUAAAGAAGAAUAUCUUUUAAGUGCUUCAAUGUUUAAUGCUGCACAUAUAAUAGAUACAUCAUUAGAUGUAGCUAAUAUUUGUCAAUCUUUUGGUGAAAAAAACAAUAGGCUUUACUACGGAGCCGAUUGGUGUCAUAAUAAUACAAAAUUUGAACAUGACACAAAAUCAAAAAACAAAAAAAUAAUUGCUACAUGUUCAUUUUAUGACCAUAGGUUAGAUUUAUUUUUUGUCAAUAUAAAAUUAUAA